UCAAGAAAAAAAACCCCCUCCAUCUAAUCGGGCUGAUAAUCACAGUGGCCCUAGACCAACCUCAUACAAGAUUACUAUUGCACAAGAGAUAUCUGACUUCCAUUGGUUGAUAACAGCGCAUGAUAACACCCGAACCACACGUAAACUAUUUCGACAUCCCCACUGUAUUUAUAUCCACACCCACAUACGCCGACACAUACCGCCACUCACAUCUGACUUGGGAUAUUCUCAUAACCAGGAGACAACCGCCACUCACAGCUGACUUCUUCUUCUAUCCAGGAGACAUGGGGUUUCGUGAUGCAUCCAAGUUUUCAAGAAUUGCUUUCGGGUUGGCGGUAGGAGGGUUUUUAACUGACAUUAUCGGAUUUCCCUCCCCCUACUGGGUGGCAGGGCUAGGUAUUUCUUUCGGCCUGUUCCAGUCGUGUAGCCUUGGAGACUGUCAGUCGGGGUCACUUAGCCUGCAACCAGGCUGGUGGAAGGGAGUCGUUGCGCUGGAGGUCCUUGGAUUCCUGGCCUGUCUCGGUAGCUUUGUGCUCAUGGUGCUGUACGUACAUGUGAAGAACGACCAGAAGAUCUUCCAGACUAUGGCAACGGGACUGGCUUUUGCUGCAGCUGGGCUCAUCCUCAUCGGAAUCAUCAUCUUCGGCGCUGAAAUGUCGGGCGCUGGAUUGUUGGGCGCUUCUUUCGGCUGGUCUUUUGGACUGACAAUCAUUUCAGGCCUUUUCCAUAUUGGCGUCGGUGUCCUUAACGUAGUCGACAAAGCUUCCUCCUGAAACUGUAUUUCCAAUGUAUCAUAUAUAUAAUAUACAUAUGUAAGAUAAAUGCACCCCAUCCUCAAUGUCAUAAUUUAUCUACAGUCAAUAAAACGAAGUUUGUAACUGGAUUGAAAAA